AUGUCAAGCACUUGCAUUGUCUAUCUCUUUGACAAAGCUUGUGUCAGUCUCGAUAUUUUAGUACAUUGCCAUGUUAAAUGUCGAUUGCUACAGUUGCUUCUUACCGGAGAUGUGCUAAUGAUAGAUGCAGUUCAUGUCAAAGUCUUCUUCAGUCAUAAUUCAUAUAUUGAAGUGAAGCACAUUCAGAUGCGAGAUCUUGGCGACAACCCGCACUUCCCUUCCGAUCUCGUAACAGGCGAUCGAGAAGCGGAUCUGGAGCGGCUAAUUACGGAAUCAAAACUGUUUAUGGCAGUUUCCCAUAUAUUUUGGUCAUGCUGGGCACUGCUAAACGGAGUGAAUCCUCCAGUUCAGUUUGACUACAACAGCUAUGCAAGAGAUCGACUAGCGCUCUACUUCCAGUUGAAACCAUCGCUCCAGGCUUUUAUGAAUAAUUGUCAAUAG